AUGGGCAUUCUGAUGGCCUACACUCCCUUCACCAUUGCAGACAUCUUGGGUGAUGAGCUUUUGGAUCUGUUCAAGACCUUGGAUGUUGCACCUAAGCAGCCUAAGCCCUCGAAACCACAGGCAGCAAGAGGAGAAAAGCGCUGUGGAAGCACCUCCCACACCUGUCAAUCCACGGCCCAGACUGUCAUCUUCUCGCCUCUCACUGCCUCCUUCAUCCACUCCUCACCAGCCAGCCUUUCUGCAUACUUGUCCUCCACAAACUAUGCACUUCAGUCACCCACCUUGAACAAGCUAUUAGCCUUGUAA